CAACGUCGAGUGUAUAUGUAUGUUAUGUCUUAUUGAAAAGAAAAAAAAACAAAAAACAUAAAAAAUACAGAGAGGAGGAAACAUGUCGGUUGCGGGGCUGUGCCUCUUUCAUCAUCAUCGGUGCAGAGCGAAGAGAGAGAGAGAGUUAAAUAAUGUGAAGAAGAGGACACUCUAGUUUGGAGCGAUGACGCGAUUGUUCCGUUCCUGCCACAGCUACAUCACUUAUACAACGCAUAUUUAUACCUGUACUUUGAUUUUCACAACGUCUUCGUCGUCGUUAAAGACGUCAGCUGUAUAUAAGCAUGACAAGUAGUGUGGUUUAGUGAUUUGCAGAAGAAAAAAUCGCUAUCUGACAAGUACAUUUUCGAGGCUCUCGAUUCUGACGAUAAAGUGUCAUUAAUCGUGUCUGCUGCGGUAGUCGUCUCCUGGGCCGGUAAUCGGUAAACGUCCAACGGUUCCAGCAAUAAUGUCAGCCAGCAGCGAUUCCGAGGAGUUCUUCGACGCCGAGGACGAUACGGUCCAGCGCGCUCCUAGGAGAAACAGGCAGAGAGAAUCGCAGAGUACAGAGUCGUUCUCAACUCCAACGGCGAAAUUGGAUGAUCAUGUCUUUAUUAGGCCGGCUGAUCCAAGUGAAAGGGUUCUCGGGGACGACAUGGAACAGAAACUGGCUUCUGAUAAAACCGAAGAAGAAGCCAAAGGAGUUGGCUCAGAUAAAGUAGUCGGCAGACGAAAAUUCCGCGAGCUGCGACAGCGCAUGCAGACAGAGGACGACGACAUUCCCAUAAAUAGCUCGCCUCCGGACAGUCAAGCCUCGUCCAUCGAAGGUGUUUUUCCAACACCCUCAAAAACUUCUCAUCCCUUCAGAAUCAUCGAGCACGAUACGCUGAGCUUGCAGAGCAUGACUUCUCUAGGUAGGGUUGGGCGUAUCCUAGCUGGUUCUCAAGACAGUACGACGCAGGUCCUAGCCCCAGGUGUUCUGCCAUCUGUCCCGUCAACCAGCGUUUUGCCAAAGGAAGUUCAGAUGUCGGCGAUACACAGUGUCUCGAGCAAAGACGAGGACACUGCUUCGGAUAAACUAUCCCAGUCAUCCAGUGUCAUGACUCUGUCGGGUGAAGUUGUUCAGAGAGAACCGUCGUUGAACGGCAAGUCUGACCAAUCAUCUUCUUCUCAAUGUGAUAAGAACCCGAGUCUCCAAGAGCCAGACGUCAUUGCCAGUACAAAGCCAAAUGGCAAAACGAAUGAAGCUCAAGCCGGCAAGCCCGUUGCGCCCCCUCGACGUAAGAAAAAGUCUAAAGCUCCAACACCAAACGACUUGGUUCCAAUAAAUAAAGAGGUUGCCAAGUCCACGUCGUCGUUACCUAGUCCAGCUAGUACCAUUGAAUCUAUAACCAGAGAGUUUGAGCAUUCUCUUGACAUAAGAUCUGCCACUAAGGGGCAAUAUGUUGUUAAACCUCAGGACGAAGACAAGGUAAAAGCUGAAGGUCCGUCAUCGGAAGAACUUGAGAGGCUAGCAAAGAUGAAAGCUGAAUUGAUGAGUGUGAACUCUAGCGAAAAAUCUAGCAGUCCAUUUAGCUCGAUAUCGAGUAACAGUAUGGGUCGCCAUUCCUUGGGACCUCAACACAAAAUAGGAUUCCAUUUGCAGGGAACCAGAGAACGACGAAAAUCUGCUGGUGAUCAAGACUUGGUUCAACAAUUGAAUAUGUUUGUCAGAACGAGGACGGAUUCCGGCAAGCGGCUAACAGACAUGGAAAUUCUCGAACAAGUGACGGUUUUGAACUUGGACACGGGUGAGCGCGUGCCUCUGAGUAUAGCCGAGGACAAACUUCCCCAGUGUAUAAAUCCUCUGUCUUUGCACAUAAUGCGAUUGACGUCCGAGUACAUAAGUAACUCAAGCCUUGAUAAAGAAAAAGAGAGCGACGAGGAAAGCGUUGACAGUAAAAUGUCGAGUAUACCGCCCGACGGUGAAGUUGCGAGCGUCGGUCGCGUGCGAAAACGCACGCAAAAGCUUAAACGUUUCUUCGGCUCGACAGUCAAGAAAACCAUGGACAAGGCAAAAUCAAUAGCUCAGGAGGUGUCACAUGCACGCCAUAAAGAGGACGUGGUGGACAUCGUUGACGAGGUGUAUCCGGGUGAGCAGCAGUGCAUCAAACUGAAAGCCUCAAACAGCCACAAGGGCCCAUAUGAAUUUUACUGCCUGCAACACGUGCAGGAUCUGAGCGGUGAGCACGUGGGUCCUGUCUGGUGUAUGAAAUUUUCGGCGUGUGGCCGACUACUCGCUACCGCUGGUCAAGAUCGCGUUCUCAGGGUGUGGGUGUUGCGCGACGCCUAUGCCUUCUUUCAAGACAUGCGUACCAAAUAUAACGCGGAGAAAGUAAGCCCAACUCCGUCCCAAGAGUCUCUCGUGUCCCAGCAAUCGAUGGAAGAUCCGCACGCCAUGGCCAACGCGAUGGGUGAGGCUGAUAAUAGCAAGGGUCCAUUUAUGCCUAAGCCUUUUUGCACGUAUACUGGACACACGUCUGAUUUGCUAGACGUAUCCUGGUCCAAGAAUUAUUUUGUACUGUCGUCAUCUAUGGAUAAGACGGUAAGAUUGUGGCAUAUCUCGCGGAAAGAGUGCCUGUGCUGUUUUCAGCACAUCGAUUUUGUCACAGCCAUAGUUUUUCACCCAAAGGAUGACCGCUAUUUCCUCUCGGGUUCGCUAGAUGGUAAACUUCGUUUGUGGAACAUACCCGACAAAAAGGUAGCCGUGUGGACCGAGAUUGACGGACAAACCAAACUCAUCACGGCUGCAAAUUUCUGUCAAAAUGGUAAAUUCGCAGUUGUUGGAUCGUACGACGGUAGAUGCAUAUUUUACAACACGGACCAGCUCAAGUACCACACGCAAAUAGACGUGCGUUCCUCGAGGGGGAAAAAUUCCACGGGACGCAAGAUAAGCGGUAUUGAGCCCAUGCCAGGGGAAGACAAAAUUCUCGUCACGUCGAACGACAGUCGUAUCAGGUUGUACGAUCUGAGAGACUUGAAUCUCUCGUGUAAAUACAAGGGUUACGUAAACGUAAGCAGUCAGAUCAAGGCAAGCUUUAGCCCGGAUGGCCAGUACAUUGUGAGUGGCUCUGAGAACCAGUGCAUCUACAUCUGGAAGACGCACCACGACUACUCAAAGUUCUCGAGCGUUCGCCGUGACCGCAAUGACUUUUGGGAGGGUAUCAAGGCCCACAACGCUUUGGUUACCUGUGCGGUCUUUGCCCCCCAUCCGGAGAGCAUAAUUCGACAGAUCGAGGCGCGCGAGGUAGAACUCGAGGGCAAGAACGCAGAGGCGGGCAAAGAGCCGGACAGUGUGAGCACCGACGCUACCCCUGUCGAUCCGGUCGUUGAACAGCGCACCAAGGGCUGUGGUGGACAGGUAUUGGUCAGCGCCGACUUUAAUGGCUGCAUCAAGGUUUUCCUGAACAAGACUAAGCCGAAGCACAGUUCGUUGCCAGCCUCGGCACUCGCCUGAGCCGAUCUUCAGUUGUCUCGUCGAGGCGAAGCUUCUGCAAUCUGCCUGUUCAGAGACAAAAGGCGCGCGUUACUUGGAUCUGAACAUAUUCGGGCUCACUGGAUCAACGCGUUUUUAAGAUUAAAAAAGCCGAGAAGCGACAACUGCUGAAUGAGAAAAACGAUUAUCCGAUGCUCAAAUUAUAUCGAUUUUACGGUUCGUAUUGCAACUACUUUAUUUAUUCGUCUUUCAAAAUCAAUCUCCGUUAUUCCGUUUAUCUUACAAAAUUCACGUUCGUUGAUAAUACUGCAUCAGCAAGAGUAAAUAAUGAUUACAUACUGUUAAGCGGCAUUUUUUUCCCUCAUUUUUUAAACCGCUUUAAGAUCAUUCAUUGGGAUAAAUUUGACGUUUUUAAGGAAUACAAUAAUUAUGAAUAAUUUGGAACCCCGAAACAAUUUUCUGAAAAACAAUUGA